GGGCGGCGGGGGGGGGGGCACCGGGCGCUCUCGCGAGAUCGGCGCGAUCGGGGCCUCCGCUUCCGGCGGCGGGAGCGGUGCAGAGUCAGCGGCGGCGGGGGCGGCACCGGCACCGGCACCGGCACCAGAUUUCAGGGCCACCCCCAGCCUGCCCCGUGCCCCCGCAGGAUCCGGCCUCGGAGCCAGCGCCGCCGUCACCAUGGGCAACAUCUUCGGGAACCUGCUGAAGAGCCUGAUCGGGAAGAAGGAGAUGCGGAUCCUGAUGGUGGGGCUGGACGCCGCCGGGAAGACCACCAUCCUCUACAAGCUCAAACUGGGGGAGAUCGUCACCACCAUCCCCACCAUCGGGUUCAACGUGGAGACGGUGGAGUACAAGAACAUCAGCUUCACCGUGUGGGACGUGGGUGGGCAGGACAAGAUCCGGCCCCUCUGGAGGCAUUACUUCCAAAACACCCAGGGUGCGUGUCCUGGGGGGACACGGGGUGGGGGACACGGGGGUGAGGGCGGCCGAGGGGACCCCGCCAGCACCAGGGACCCCACCAGUGCCCGCUCCUGUCCCCCAGGGCUGAUCUUCGUGGUGGACAGCAACGACCGGGAGCGGGUGAACGAGGCGCGGGAGGAGCUGAUGCGGAUGCUGGCGGAGGAUGAGCUGCGGGACGCCGUCCUGCUCGUCUUUGCCAACAAGCAGGACCUGCCCAACGCCAUGAACGCGGCGGAGAUCACGGACAAGCUGGGGCUGCACUCCCUGCGCCACCGUAACUGGUACAUCCAGGCCACCUGUGCCACCAGCGGGGACGGGCUCUACGAGGGCCUCGACUGGCUCGCCAACCAGCUCAAGAACAAAAAGUGAGGGGGGGCCACCCCGUGCCCCCCCGGCCCCUCCCCCGGGGCCACGCCAGGGCCCCCCCGGCCGCCCCCUCCCCGCCCCGGCUGGGUUUUGCUUUCUUCUGGCACCGGUUGCUGUGGGGUUUUUCGCCUUUUUUGGGGUCCCCCUGGUUCCCCUCGGAUCUCGUGUGUGCGUGCGUGGAAUUAGAGCUCUAUAUAACGCCCGGGGGGGCGGGGGCAGAGCCCCAGGAGAGGAGGGGGGGAUGGGGGCUGGGGGGGUCCCCUUGGCGCUGCCCUGACCGGGGGGGGGGCCAGGGACACCCCGUCCCCAUGCAUGUCCCUGCACCUCUCGCCUUCCUCUGGACCAAAUGUGGGGGCAGCGGGGCCGUGGGGGGGAUUUGGGACCAUACACCCCCCUCCUCCCUCCCAGCACCCCCUCCUGGCCCUGAGUGCCCCCCCCCGGGGGUCCCACACGUCCCCGGCCCCCCCCUCAUGUCACUUCGAGGCAGGUCUCCUCCCCGCAGCGCGACCCGAAUGGAGGGGGGGGGACACGAGGCUGCCGGGACCCCCACGGUCCCCCUGGCCGUGCCCCCCCCUCACCCGGCCGCCUGUCCCCACCCCCUCCAUGCCAGCAUAGUGAUUGUAUGUCCCUGCCCCUCACAGACAGACGGUGUCCCCCCCCUCCCGUGCUGUCCCCCCCCCCAGCACCGUAUUUAUACCCCCGGUCUGUGCUUGGUGUGACGUGUCGCUGCGGCUCUGCCCCGUCCGGGGACGUGUGUUCUCGCCCCCCCUCCCCAGCCCCCCCCCCCCCACGCCUGAGACGGUGGGUGACCCCCUCCCAACCCCCCCCUUGGAUAUUAAACAUGUUUUAUGUA